AUGGACUUAUUAUUAUUUACGGUGGAGUAGGAAAAAAUAACCUUCAAGCACAACCUAGUGUUGCUUUAUUAAAUGUAGAUGUUUCACCGUUUACUGAUUUAUAUAUCUUUAAUACACAAGAUCGUACAUGGGUUGAUUAUUUUGAUGCAUCAAAUAUAUAUGGGUCUAAUUCUGAUAAUAAUUCACUUUCAUUAGGCGCAAAGAUUGGUAUUUGUAUAGCUGUAGUGGUUGCUUUUGUUGUUAUAGGUGCUGCUGGAUUUUUCAUUUACAAGAAAUAUCCUAUUCGCAAUAAUUAUCGUAAUUCUAUUGCAACCCCUGGCACAUCAACCAAAAAUAAUAAAUAUUUAAUGAGUAUAGAAAAUAAGAACGACACAUAUUUAUUUAGAGUCAAUAUAUUUGUCACCGGCGAUGACA